AUGCCGCUCGAAUUGCUGGUCGCCGGCGACAACACGCACAAGAAGCUAGGUUAUCACGAAACCACCCUGAAGAGCUUAGUAAAGGUCGCUAGUAUCUUCGAGGGACAAGAAUUUCCGCCAGAGUACUACACGAUUAUCGAUGUUGCCUGCGGCGAGGAUCAUACGCUUGUCCUGGUCGAGCUCAGCAACAAGCAUCUCAGUGUCAGGGAUGGAAUAGACCCUGUGUGCUGCAAGCUGAUCUAUGCUGCUGGAAGCGGACUUGAAGGCCAGCUCGGCCCCAGCUAUUGUUCUCGGUCUCGGGUCGUGCCAACUGAAUUUAAAGUUCUCGACAAACCUGUCCCUGACCCCGCCAGACUGCCAUUUAAAGAGGAACAUGCCACGUACAAAAAGGUCGCCUGUGGUAGGAAUUGCAGCUACAUUGUUUUUACGGAGAAGGACGAAAACGAUCCGUCAGAGCUGCCGGCGAAUGAUGUACUCGUCUCGCUUGGCUUCCAUCGAGACAACACUUCUGGGGUGCUGGGAUGCCCACCGCCCGAAGGGGUCAGUACAGAACCGAAAGAUAGGGCUAAACUAUGCAAGCAUCUGAUCUCCUUCGCUGGUGUCUUAACCGAAGCAGGGCUAGAUGCCAACGCACAAGUCGAGAUCUUGGACAUUGCAGCGGCGGAUAAUCAUGUCGUGGUGGGGCUUCUCGUCAGAACCGGCACGGAAGGACGAGUGAUCAUCGCUGGGUGGGGCUCUACAGACCAUGGUCAGAUUAUCAAAGUGCCAGAAGUGGAUCCAUCACUUUGGGAACCCAAAAGACAGGUGAUUUUGGAACCUCGGCUCAUCUGGGAUUGGAAGACACCAGAUCCUGCCUCGAUCCGAUGCAAGGUGCGCGCCGGUCAACACCAUACUGUGGUGCUCGUUCAAGGAGACGUCGACGGCAAGACGUCAAUCUUACGCUGUAUUGGAUUGAACUUGGAUGGGCAAUGUGCUGGCACCGGCGACGACGCUUCCGCCGCGUUGCUCGAGUAUGGAGUCACACCCGACCACAUCGCCGAUAUCACUUGCAACUUGUCCACAACGCACUUUCUCGUGUCGAGGCAGAAAGGAGACGCUCGCACACGCCCACUGAUCCUCAGUUGCGGUAGAAAUGAUCAGGGUCAGAUCGGCAAUGCCUCGAGGCAAUCGACUUCGAACGGGAAAGCGCUGGUGCCUGCGGCCACGAACGGAGGCGACUUUUACUUAACUACAGCUUUCUCAGAGGUGGAAAAGUUGGUGUCAGGGAAUUUACAUACACUCAUCUUGGGUAAAUGGCACUGGGAGUCAUCCGAAGUAAAAGCGGAGAAGGGCGAGAAGCAGGUGUGGGGGUGGGGACGGAACAACGAAGGCGCUCUGGCACAGGGUAAGGAAGGAUUCCGCAUGGUACACACUCAACCUAUGCUUCUACUUGCGCCAAAGCAGAAACGUAUUCGUCGUGGCGUUCGGCACCAUCCGGUGAAUAUCUGGGCUAGCCAUAUGUCGACGAUUAUUCUGGCCGAGGUGGAGGAGGUAGACAUGUUGGAAGGUUUUGACUCUGAUUGA